AAACAGAGCCCAUUCGUUGCAAAAGACAACACUCGCUUUUGAUCACUCCAUCUGAUCAAAACAAACACCACUGGUUUAGUUCACUCGACGGUUGCAUCCAACAUGAAGGCGUUCAUUGUGCUGUCUAUGGCUUUGGCCAUUGCAUCCUGUGCGGCAGUCGACGAUUCUUCUAGCAAGAAGGACAAACGUGGCCUAUGGGAUCUGGGCUACGGACACGAUUCGUUUGAAUUCGACAACCAUCACGAUGAUCACCAUGAAGUCAAGCACCUGACCACCACGAUCACCAAGAAGGUCCCAGUGCCAUUCCCGGUUGAGGUUGAGAAGCACGUUCCAGUCCAUGUUAAGGUCCCAUACCCAGUAGAGGUCGAGAAGAAGGUUCCGGUGUACGUUGAAAAGAAGUACCCCGUGUAUGUGGAGAAGAAGGUUCCAGUCCAUGUCGAUCGUCCCGUUCCAUACCCAGUCGAAGUGAAGGUCCCAGUUGUCCAGAAGGAAUACGUCGAAGUGCCGAAACCGUACGCAGUUCAUGUUGAGAAGCCCGUUCCAGUGGUCGUUCACAAGCCAGUGUAUGUUGAAAAGCCUGUGCCGGUGACCGUCACCAUCAAGAAGCAUGAGAAUAAGCACUGGUGGUAAUUUUUGUGAUGUUAUAUUAAACAGAAAAUAAAAAUUCUUGUUUCCAAACUUUAACAAAUUUCAA